AUGCAAAGAAAAAGUGGACACAAAUCUAAAAUGAACAAUCACAACAAUCUAAACUUUUAGUUGAGAUUGUAUAAUGCAUCAUUUUUUGUGAUUGUUGGUGGGACAUGCACAAAACAAUACAUGCAUUGUUUUACAACUUAACACUUCCAAACAUUGUAUUGUACAUAAUACAUGUAUUUAACAAACACAACUCUAACAAUCACAACUUCCAAAUGAACUCUAAUUAAACUAAUCCCUGGUAAUUAGCUAGUCCGUAUUAGACAUAAUCUAUUGUUGGCUGAGAUCUAGGACCAUUGUUGCCGUGUGUCACACAUGCAAUGGAUGCAUAUAUAUAGGUGGCUAGAUAGAUGACAAAUUAGAGGAGGCAAAAUCUUGUUGGUUGAUCACACUAUAGAGUUGUUUGUUUGGUUGUUGUUGUUUGUUGUUUUGCUGCAAAUUAAACUAGAGAAUUAAGUACUAAUUAAACAAGAUUAGAGAGUUUGGUUUGGUAAAGUGAUGACAAUUUCUGAUAUGAUUCGUGGGAACCGGUCUGUUCCGAUCUAUUUGGGAAUGAGUAUUGCCCUAUCUGGCAGUUGUGUGGAGCGGGGUAUAGGUAUUGCUUCCGACCUGUCUCCCACGUUCCAUUCUGUUCGAUAAUGAUUUGCAUCAAUAUUUACAUGUAUUUCUCUACUUUUGAUCUUUCUAAUUAAAGUCGUAUUUUCAUCCCAAAGAGAUUUUAAGAUUCCAUCUUUCAACUAUUUGGACUCUAAGUAUUUCUUCUACUAUAUCUCUCAUUCAUUUAUGAAGUGGUUUCUCUAUAUUCUCUUGUAAAAGAGUUAACUAUCAACGUUCUUUUUUCAAAUAUAAUAUAUAAGAAUGAGUCUCCCUAUCUCGUACCUGCACGAUUAUUUCUUGAGCUGACCCACACCUAGUACUUGAUAGAUAUGGAUAAUGAGAUACUCACUCCACCUUGUCCAUUGCCAUCACUACUUUGGGUAACUAAGCAUCCAAUAUAAUCUAUCUUUGAUCAUUGUGGUUAAUAAGGAUUUGGUUUAUUGUGUAAGUGGAGGAGAGUUUCCUUUUGUAUAACCUAGCUAGACCAGUAUUUAAACCAAUACAAAGCUCAAAAUUGCAUGUCAAAUCUUCGGUAUUUGUACAUUUUUUUCUUUUCAAAAUGAACAUAUCUUGUAAUUUUUGUUUUGUUGAUGUCAGGUUUCUAACCUGAUCUGGAACUUCUAGUGAAACUUCGAACAAUGGAUGUCGUGUUUUACCAAUUCUCAAAGCAUAACUUAUAGAAUAGACACGUCGUCGGCCUAUUUGUUUAUUUGAAAAACUCUACAACAUUGAAUCCAACUACAUUAACUUAUAUCUCAACUAAAAAUACUAUAUGUUAGACUUCAAAUUUCUAUUUUGCUUAAGUAUCAUUACCCUAACUAAUAGCUUCUUUCUUGGUCGACAAACAACUCCCCUUUUUCUUGCUUCUUCUUUGCCCUCUCUCUCUUUUGGCCAUUAAAUAGGAAAGGUUAGGGUUCAUGAACCCACGCCCAUAUAAUCAAAGACAUCAGAGGGAACGUGUGGUCUCAAACUAUAUAUUUGAAUAUGAAUCUCUCAAUCUAUAUAUAUAUAUAUAUAUCAUCAAUUGAAUCGAAUUUGGGUAUCCUAGGAUUCGAUUUACUGCAUGGUGUGAUGAAAGCAGAGGACACGAGCAAACUAAAAGCAAAACCACACAACUGUGUCUGCAUACGUUGUCGUUUCACUUGGACUUUCUCUUAUAUUCCCAGCCGACAAGUCUCACAUUGAUUUGCAGCCGUUAAUUAGGUAAAAGCUCUCAUUAGUCGUACCCUUUUUUUAAUUAAUCUCAUAGAAUCCGAGGGAGGAAAGGAAUCCCUUCGAGUUUUGACUGAAAAUUGAAUCAUUAGAGCAAUGAAGAAAAUAAGCAAUAGUCCAUUAAUCCAUCUUUACUUUAUCGGCCCCGGGCAGUGUUGCGGCUGCCCCCAAAACUUCUUCUCACCGUAAUAGACACUAGGUCGCGACGAGUAUCUCAAUAUCGUAUAGGGUGAAAGUUGAUAGCUGGCUAUUUGAUUCAGUAGAGCAAUAUUAUACGAGUACUACACGAGUAAGAAACAUGCAUUAUCAAAACUUAAAAAAAUGAUGAGAAAAGGUGGCUUUGAUUCAAGAACACGAGUUGGUAGAUAUAUGGGCUCAAACGUAACCGUGGAUUGGUACCGAUAAAAAAAACCCGUGGAUUGGUUAGUUGUAGUUUGUGAUUUGAUUGGCUGAUCUUCUUGUUGAUUUUGUCUGAUUCACUUAGUUCUUAUGUUUUUCAAUGUUUUAUCCUCAUUGUUUUCGGAGAAUGUACCAUGUUGUUGACACCUAAAAUUGUUGUUGACACCUAAAAUUAAUAAUUUUAGGUGUCAAAUACGUGUUCUACUAAACAGACUGUAUAUUCAAUAACAAUUAAUACGGUCGUUUUUUGUUAUCUCGCAAACUUAUAUUUUUAUGAUUUAUUGUUUUAACUACAUGAAUCAUCAUAAUAUUUAUUGUUAUAUUUUAUCCACAAUAUCAUUCAAUUGUAAGAUUAUCGCUUAAAUAUAAGUGAAAGAAAGUUAUCGAAUUGACGAGUUUUCUGCCUGUCUAAUAAUUUUUGUAUAUUUUCUUCUCCUGAUUUAAUAACUCUCAAUUCUACCACUUCGAUUUAUCACUCCGACUAAAUCAGCAUAAUGAUCUCUUGUUAUCUCCAAUCAUCAAUAGUACCAUCUAUGGAAAUUACUAUCUCGUAACACGGCUUAUCUCUAACACCUAACCCUAAUUGUAAUUUGAUUCUUUUGAACUAUUAUCAAAGCCUUAAUCCGGGCAGCCGGGCAGCCCUAUGACUCCCCAGCCUUCCUUUUUAUAAUCCCCCACCAGCCACGAACAGUCCUAAUCUUCCUCCUCUUCUUCCUUUCCCACCAUUCCAACAAUCAAAUCUCCCCGCAUUUGAAAAUCUCCCUCUUCUCCUCCUUCUUCUUCUUCUUCUUCUUCUCCAUUAGGGUUUCCAAUCACUUCCCUUUCCCUCCUUUCUCUGGGGUUUUCCCCCUCUCAUCCAAAGUUUCCAUCUUUACCAUUUCUUCGAUCGAGAUUCAUUAGGGUUUAAAGGAAGCAGAACCCACUUCCUUCCAAUCAGAGUUUCUCGUACUUACCUUACAUAGAUAGACAAAACCCUUUUUUUGUUUCUCCCCAAAGAUUCCUUCUUCCUUAAACCCACAAAGAGAAACUCCCAGCCUCCCCUGUUUUCUCUCCUUUUUCCCCUGCCUCGUCCAAAAAUGGCUCCCGCUUGUAACACCAGGAGGAGAAGAAGAGUCAAAUCCAUCAGCACCAUCCCCAAACCGAAGCCAAGAACAACAACGGCAGCAGCAAAGAGAAGAUCAAAUUCCACUCGCAAAAUAAAGAUGGAGAAAGAAGCAGCUCGUUCAGCAACCGCCACUUCUUCUAGCUCCUCCUCUGCCUCUGAACACAUCAUUGAUGGAGGGUUCGAGGAGUCCAGCGUUAUCAUCAAUGGAGGGUUCGAUUCCAGCGACGUUGUUGUUGUUGGGAACGAAAGCAGCAUCAUUUGCUCGACACCAAAGGGGCAGAGGUUUAGGAUACCGAAGAUCGAUUCCUGCCCGCCGGCGCCAAGAAAGAAACAGAGAGACGAGGAUGACGACGAUGCUCUGUUUUCAUCUUCACAACGGUCCAAUUGUUCUUCGUUGCAGAGAAGGCCCAUAGCGUUCUUCGCCCCGCCUGAUCUCGAGCUCUUCUUCAUGUUCGCCCGCCGACACAUCUCAGUUUGAUUGGUUUAAUGUUAGUGUUGAAACUUUUUUUUUUUUUGUGUUUUUAUGUAAAUAGAGAAGUGGAUUGAUCUUUCUCUGUUUUCCAAUUGAACACUAAGCUAUAGUGUGAUGAUGGGAAAAGCAACAGAGUGGCCUUAGGAAAUGGUCACUACUCUCUUUAGAUUUUACCCUCAUCUGGGUAUUAUUAGUUUAACUUGUUUUGUUAGUUAAUUUAGUGUGCUUAGUAGUUUGGCUGACUCAGAGAGACAGGGGAAGAGAUAGUUUUGAAUAGAGAUGUGUUUGAAGCUUGUGAGGUUCAUUAAUGGUGUUGGUGUGAAUUUUUAUUUUACUGUUGUUUGAUCAGAUUCUGUGUCUCUCUGAUCUCUAUGCAUAUGUAAACCCGCUCUGUUUAUUUAUGAGUUCUUUCUUCAUCUUCAUCUUCAUCUACUUGGUUUCUGUGUUCAUCACAUGGUAAUCCCUCAAACUGACCCCUCCAAGUAAUUAAGCAUUCACCAUUGAGGGUAAUCACUCUUAGUAGAUGCCAAUAUUGUGUUAUAGAUGGGUAUUUAUCUCCUAAAUAUUUUGGUUUAUUUCUAUAGAACUUGAUCUAACUUGUAGGUUUUACUCGUCUGUUAACAUUCACUAUCGGAGCAAGUAAAGUUUUACUCGUUUAUUAUCAAGGUGUCACCAUUGAAGGAAGUCAACUUUACUAGUCUAUUAUCAAGGUAUACACAAUCAGAGGAAGUCGGCUUUUACUCUGAUAACGAUGCCUAUCAUCUAACACAUCAUAUUCAUUUAUUCCGGGUAAAAACCUAUCACAAAGGGAAAAAUAUUCUCUACAAAAAAGUAAUGUAGCAAAACCAUAUCAUACCGACUAGCGAUACCGAAGAUAUAAGAUCAUUUUUCUAUCAAUCUAUAAGGAAGUUGUUUCAUAAACUUACACCAUACUUUCAAAUUCUUGUUCUUAUCCUUAUCAAUUGAUAUCUCGAUCAUAUGAUUUCACAAAUAUUGUUUCUAUACAAUCAUGAGCAUCCAACCCUGUUCUAGCCCUUGACAUUAGAAGAAUGUCGAAUCUCUCUAUCCACCAAAACCGCGUUGAUAAUCAUCUCUUUUCCUUCCUCUUUCUGGUUAGCCAGCCAUGAGUACUAUAGAUUUGCUUUUCAUGGCAGAAAGUGAUAAAAAGUAGAAAGAGAGAAAGCAAGGCUGAGAAAUUCCUGAUGAGUGAUAGUGCCAGAGGGCCACCUGAAAUGGUGGAAUGGAAGGAUCAUCAUCAUCAUCCAAAGUGCUAAGGAAACAAUAUGGCCAGAGAGAGCAGAACAAAUGUCUGUAAUGGGCUCAAAAUGGAGCUAUAACUAAGAUGGAAAAGAAACUGAAUUCCAUCAGCUUUCUUUGUUAAACUUUUCUUCUUCCUUUUAUCCAUCGGCAUGUAAACAAAACAGCUUUUGCUAAUCUAUGUCAUGAUAGAGAAUAGAGAUGCGGAUUACAUCAACCAUCCUAAUAUGCCGAUCAAGUAAGGUAUCGCACGGAUUAAUAGUUGACAUAUUCGAAUUACAUUGAUCGAUAAUUACACUUGUUAGAUGUAUGAGGCGGCUCAAACUGUUGAAUAGUAUCCUAGCAAAAACAAAGUUAAGUAUUGGUUUACUUUAUUAACCUCAUAAUUGUUUGCGUCUCUCAUGAUGGAAGGAGAAGCUGAAGAAGUGGUGGGAGGGUGUCAGCUUGUCUCUACUCUCUAUUUACCCCUAGCAUGGAUAAGAGAAUCCAAUGAAGAAGAAGAAGAAAAAAGGGGAAAAUUUCACUCGUGCGGAUUGUGAUAAUCACUUGCCACUUGCUAUAAUUAUUUUUCACAGAUUCUCAGCGGUCAAAUUAUUGAUGAAACCAUUUAUCAUAUCUUGUGUGAAAUCUCCCUUAAGUUAUGGUUUGUAUUAUGAGAUGUUUUGAUCGAUCAUAAUAUGAUCAGGUGGUACAUGAAUGAUAUCAACAGAUCAAGAGUCAAACGCGUAUGCAAUCAAUCGUUAGUAUAGACAUGAAAGGGGGAAAAAUCGUGAAGAGUUUCAUAACUAGCUAGCAAAACGGGUUAAGUAUUGAAAAAUAUAUAUAUAUAUAUAUAGAUAACAAAAAAAGAAAACUCCCCCUACCAUCUUGUUUUACUUCUAAUAUUGUGUUGCCUCCUUUUUUAUAGAAAAGUGCAUAUACAUAUAUAAUGAAGUGCAAUUUGUGAACUGAAUGAUGAGAUGGAAUGAAAGGGUAGUGGCCUAAGCCUUUGCCUUUAUUCAAGUACGAAAGAAUAUAAAUGAUGACCAUGCAAAAAUAACAACUUUCUUAUAGCUCAUCAUGCAUGGGGUCGAUUGAUUGGUGGUAUUUGGAGUUACUUUUCCUCAUUCUCUGUGUGCAAUAUGAUUUAUUAUGUCAAUUUGCUCAUUUUUUUUUCCUAUUCGCUGCGCUUCGCGUCAAGCGAGCAAUGUGAAAGGUUACAUGUGAUUGUAAGAGAGAAUAAACCAAUAUGUAAGGAACACAAACUAAAAAAAUUGCAGGCCUAACUUCCAUCUAAUGAAAAAAGUAGCCGGUAAUAAAAUCAAUCACGGUAAGAAAUUCCACGAAUGCGAACAUCUAAGCAGCUGAACAAGAAUUGAGGAAACGCAUUCACAAUAAAUUGAAGUAAACAAUAAAAAAUGGACUCGAUGGCCAAUGAAUAGAUACAAAUUGGGGAACAACAAACAUAAAAGCAAACUUGAAAAUCCUUUUUAUAGAAUUUGAAUUGUUGAGACUUAUUUUUUUACAUAUAAUUGUUGAGACUUAUUACUGUGGUUCUCUUGUUAAGUCAAACAAAAAGAUAAAUGAUUAUGCAUCUAUUAAAUUCAAUAAACAAAAGGAUAAAGUUAGAAUUUACCCUGAAUUUUCAACUAAGACGGUAAAUAGAAGAGAAAUAGAGGAUAUGAAGAAAGAAAAAAAAAACAAAUGCAAAAGAAAAGAAAGAAGAACCUAGUAUCUGGUUUCAUUGAUUCCAAUGCCACUUAUGUUUUUUUAUGGGCAGUACGAGAUUUCAAUGUUAACUUUCUAUUCGACCCCGAUCAAGAAGGGAUGAGUACAAAUGUAUAACCAAAUACAAAAUUCGGUUUCAAUCUCGAGCGAGAGAGAUGAGUACAAAUGUAUAACCAAAUACGAAAUUCGGCCUCGAGCGAUUUCAUUGAUUCCAAUGCCACUUCACACUUUUCGAUUGUGUGAUAUUUCAUCGUAACCUUCUAUUCGACCCCGAGCGAGAGAGAUGAGUAAAAAAUGCAUAACAAAAUAUGAAAGUUGGUCUCGAGCUAUUUUAUUGGUUCUGAUGCCUCUUUCGGACUUUCGAUGGAGAGUGAGAUUUCAUCGUUAACAUUCUAAUCAACAUCGGGUGAGAGAUGAGAUAAAUGCACACCCAAAUACGAAUGUUGGUCUUGAGCUAUUUCAUUGGUUCUAAUUCCUCUUUUGACUUUUCGAUUGAGAGUGAGAGAGGUGAGUAAAAUGUAUAACCAAGUACAAAAGUUAGUAUCAAGCGAUUUUAUCAGUUUCGUCGUUUCGAGAGGUUAAGAAUACAAAAAUAAAUAGGAAAGUUAAUUGAUUUUAGCACAAAAAACAAUAUAUAAGGAAUUUAUGGAGAGAUUAAAGAGGGAGAGAAUCAAUUAAAAAUGAUAAAAGAAAAUAAAAGAAAAAGAGACCAAUAAUAACGUGUCAUAUGUCUCUCUUAGAAGAAUGCAGUUUCGAUCUCGAGCGAGAGAGAUUAGUACAAAUGUAUAACCAAAUAUGAAAUUCGGUCUCGAGCGAUUUCAUUAAUUCCAAUGCCACUUCGUGCUUUUUGAUUGUGUGAUAUUUCAUCGUUAACCUUCUAUUCGGCCUCGAGCAAGAGAGAUGAGUAAAAAAUACAUAACAAAAUACGAAAGUUUGUCUCGAGCUAUUUCAUUGGUUUUGUUGCCUCUUUCAACUUUCCGAUUGAGAGUGAGAUUUCUUCGUUAACUUUCUAAUCAACAUCGAGUGACAAAUGAGUAAAAAUGCAUACCCAAAUACGAAUGUUGGUCUUGAGCUAUUUCAUUGGUUCCGAUGCCUCUUUUGACUUUUCGAUUGAGAGUGAGAGAUGAGUAAAAAUGUAUAACCAAGUACGAAAGUCAGUCUCGAGCGAUUACAUCGGUUUCUAGAGGUUAAGAAUACAAAAAUAAAUAUGAAAGUUAAUCAAUUUUAGCAAAAAAAAAAACAAUAAUAUAAAAGGAAUUGAGGGAGAGAAUCAAUUAAAAAUUGUAAAAAAGAAAAGAAAAAGAGACCAAUAAAAAUGUGUCAUAUGUCUCUCUUAGAAGAAUGUCAUUAGAUUUAAGAUUAUUUACAAAAUAACCUCUUAACCCCCUGAUCUCGAAGGAAGCGGAGAAUUGGAGAGGAGGGAGAAUUGGAGGUGAAGGAAAAUUGUGAUUUUUGGAGGAAAGUGUGAAGGAAAAUGUGUAUAGGAAAUUGUGAUGGAUAUGUUAUUUUAUUGGGUAUAUAAUAGUAAAAUAAUUUAAUUAUA